AUGUUCCAUUUAAAAUCAUAUUUUAAUUGGAAAGUUGAAUUGGAGCAGUUGACGUCAACAACAUUCCAGUUGGCCUAUAGUCACUUGAUAGUUUGCAACCAGAAACUUCCGGUCUGUUCCAACCCUGCCUUUAAAACUAGUGCCAGGAGUGUCAAGGAAUGCCUCAUCAAGUGUUUGGCAUUUAAGGAAAGUCAGUUGAGAGGGGCGAAUUACUUGAAGUCAAAUGGAACAUGUUCCUGUUACCUGAAAGCAAGCAGCACCUACAACGUUACCACUGAUUUGAUAUCUGCCGGUUGCAUAGUACGUAUAUGUGAUUCCAUAAAACUUUUCAUUAACAUAUGUCAUUUAUUUGAACCAUUUAAUCUCUAUGAAUCAAAAAUGGAAUGGAAAGAUGACAAAUUGGUGCCAUCAAAAAUAUUUUUUGUAUUUUUAGACAGCUUCGUCUGGAAGAUACAAAAUAAGAUUAGACAUAAUUGUGACUGUCCGGGUAACUUCGACUACGUUAUCGAGUACCACAAGUGUUACAAGAUGCAGUACCAACGUAACAACUGGUACACUGGCAGAUACCUCUGCAACAACAUCUCUUCAUCUCAUCCCAUCUUGCUUGAAGAUGAUGUCGAAAAUGCAAUCUCCCUGUCCUAUGUCAACUACACUACUCUAGGUGUGGCGUUUUCAGGCCUGUUGGAAUCUCAAAUGCCUGGUUACCUGGCGAACCGAACGGACCACUCGACGGAAAGGAUUAUUGCGUACAGAAUAGGCUGGGAUGACUACCCGUGCUUAUAUCUUUUGUGCAUGCUCUGUGAAUUUGAUCUCACCAUUUAA